AUGGAUCCACCGGAAGUUCUUCGAAUAGCCAAAGGAGAAGCAACAGUUUGGGCGGAGGCCCAGUUGACGAUCCCUACUCAGAUUUCGACCAAUACUUCAUCCUUGGAGUGGAUGUCGAUGGAUUCCUUAAGGAUUUGCUUUAUUGAUGGAGCAUGGAGAGCAAAAGACAAAUUCUCAGGACAAAGGUGGUUCUACAAAAAAAAUAGAUCAACUGAGAAGUUGAUGAGAGCAAUGAACCUCCGAAGAAGCCUAUCUGCUUUGCAUGCCGAAUGCGAGGCUUUGAUAUGGGCUAUGGAGUGCAUGAAGACUCUUAAUUUUUCAGACGUGGUAUUCGCUACAGACUGUUUUCAAUUGGUGAAGAUGGUGUCAUCACCUGGAGAGUGGCCAGCAUUUGCUACACACUUGGAGGAGUUCUAG